UCCCUCAUCCCCUCAGCGGGGGACAACACGGUGACUAGGCCCCGCCGCCUUCUCACCUUCGUGCGCGGAGCGGCUCAGCCCAGCCGGGAGCCGCCGGGGCGGUGCUUCUGCCGCUCCGCCUUCCCAGCGCCGCUGCAGGAAGCCGGAAGCGGCCGGGCCGGGGCGCUGGGCAGGCAGGGCGAGAGGUGGCUCGGUGAAAAAGAAAACUGUCUAAUCAAAGAGCAAAGAUGCAGAGCACUUUGAAUUAUCUCUGGCUGUUGUCUGACAUCCUAGGGCAGGGAGCUACUGCAAAUGUUUUCCGGGGCCGACACAAGAAAACUGGGGAUUUAUAUGCUGUCAAAGUUUUUAACAGUCUGAGUUUCCUUCGUCCUGUGGAUGUUCAGAUGCGAGAGUUUGAAGUGUUGAAGAAACUAAAUCAUAAGAACAUUGUCAAGCUGUUUGCCAUUGAAGAAGAGACAACAACUAGACACAAAGUACUAGUUAUGGAAUUUUGUCCGUGCGGGAGUUUAUACACAGUUUUAGAGGAGCCCUCUAAUGCCUUUGGUUUGCCAGAGUCUGAGUUCUUAAUCGUCUUGAGAGACGUGGUGGCUGGCAUGAAUCAUCUCCGGGAGAAUGGAAUAGUGCAUCGUGACAUCAAACCAGGCAACAUAAUGCGUGUUAUUGGUGAAGAUGGUCAGUCUGUUUACAAACUGACAGACUUCGGUGCUGCGAGAGAACUUGAAGAUGAUGAACAAUUUGUUUCUCUCUAUGGCACAGAAGAAUAUUUACAUCCUGACAUGUACGAGCGAGCCGUUUUGAGGAAAGAGCAUCAGAAAAAGUACAGAGCAACAGUUGAUCUGUGGAGCAUAGGGGUGACCUUUUACCAUGCUGCGACAGGGAGUUUGCCUUUCCGACCCUUUGAAGGACCUCGUAGAAACAAGGAAGUGAUGUACAAGAUAAUCACUGAAAAGCCUUCUGGUGCUAUUUCUGGAGUACAGAAAGCAGAAAAUGGACCAAUUGAGUGGAGGCGGGAGAUGCCUGUUUCUUGUAGUCUUUCGAAGGGUCUGCAAGUACUGCUCACACCUGUCCUCGUGAACAUUCUUGAAGCAGACCAGGAAAAAUGCUGGGGGUUUGACCAGUUCUUUGCAGAGACAAGUGACAUACUGCACCGAAUGAUAAUCCACGUCUUUUCACUACAGCAGAUGACCUUGCACAAAGUUUAUAUUCACAGCUAUAAUACAGCUACUAUAUUUCAUGAUUUGGUCUACAAACAAACAAAAAUACCAUCUCAGAAUCAAGAACUGAUAUAUGAAGGUCGGCGUUUAAUACUGGAGCCUAGCAGAUUGGCACAGCACUUCCCCAGAACGACUGAAGAGAAUCCUAUCUUUGUAGUAAGCAGGGAACCUGUGAACAUUGUCGGAUUAAUCUAUGAGGAAGUUUUACUCCCUAAAGUACAUCAACGUUAUGAUUUGGAUGGGGAUGCCAGUAUGGCUAAAGCAGUAACAGGUAUCGUCUGUUAUGCCUGUAGAGUUGCCUCUUCCUUGCUGCUUUACCAGGAGCUGAUGCGAAAAGGAGUACGAUGGCUAAUUGAAAUAAUCAAGGAUGAUUACAAUGAAAUGGUUCACAAAAAGACAGAGGUUGUCAUCAGGCUGGAUUUCUGCAGCAGAAACAUUGAGAAAGCUGAGAAAAUAUACGAGAAUCUGAUGCAGAUCAACUUGGAAGCGUCGGAAGUGGAUGAAAUUUCAGAGAUCCAGACAAAACUGUUGCGUCUCUCCAGCUCUCAGGGCACGCUAGAAACUAGUCUUCAAGAUAUCAAAACCAAACUUUCUCCAGGUGGUUUACUGACUGACACCUGGGCAAAUCAGGAAGGCAUGCAUCCAAAAGACAGAAAUCCAGAAAGGCUGCAGGCGCUGCUGCGUUCCAUCACAGAUAUUUAUUAUCAGUUCAAAAAAGACAAAACAGAACGAAGGCUUUCUUAUAAUGAAGAACAAAUUCACAAAUUUGACAAGCAGAAGCUGUAUUUGCAUGCUACAAAAGCCAUAACUCUAUUCAAAGAUGAAUGUGUCAGCAAGUAUGAUACAUUUUUGGACAAGGCUGAGGACUGGACAAGGAAAAUGUUUCACACAAGGAAGCAGUUACUGGCUCUCACCAAUCAGUGUUUUGAUAUCAAAGAAGAGGUAUCCAAAUACCAGGAUUAUAUAAAUGAGUUACAAGAUGCUCUGCCACAGAAAAUGUUUGCAGCUUCCAGUGGGAUGAAACAUACAAUGAAUACAGUCUAUCCUAGCUCAAACACAUUAGUGGAAAUGACUCUUGGUAUGAAGAAACUAAAGGAGGAAAUGGAAGGGGUUGUUAAAGAGCUGGCUGAGAACAAUCACAUUUUGGAAAGAUUUGGUGCUUUGACUGUGGAUGGUGGCCUGCGGAACGUGGACUGUAUCUAGUGUUCAAAGGACCUGAUGAAGAGGACUUGUAAAUUUUUUCAAAGGGAAAAAGUACUGUUGGGACAUUUAAAGGCAGAUAUUAAAUCUGUAUCCAGGUUUUAUUUCCCUUUACAACUGUAGUAUUAAAGAAAAUGUAAAUCUGUAUAAUAUGUAAAUAUAAAAGAAAUAUCUAUCUUUUUUUUUUUUGGUUAAUGUUAGGAUAGAAUUACUCUUGGCAGGGAGUUGAGCCCCGUGGAGGAUCUCUGAUGAAGUCCUAAAAGUAAAAAUGUUGAUGAAAUAGGCAUUUGUUUGCUUUGAAUAUUGCCUGUUUUAUUCUCAGAAUGCAACUUGGUCUUUAUUGCAA